AUGAAAAUGGUUAGUGUAAACGCGGAAAUACCUGUAAUAUGCACACAAUCAAGUCAAUCUAUAGGUGACAAUGUCAUUCGUAUUGGUGUUAGUUCUCUUGGUUGGUUAACAUUGUAUUUUAUUAUGGGUUGGAUAUCAAAAACUCUCAUACCUGGAGUUCGGUCAUUGAAAGCAAAAGAACAAAUGUUUUGGCAAUUAGCUAUGGUUCGCUCAGUAUGUGGCAUGUGUACAUUAUGGGCUGCUUAUAUUAUUUAUGUUGAUGGUCGUCUUAAUGGCUAUUUUCUUGCUGCAUGGUAUAAUCUUGGUCAUUAUUAUGCAAUAAAAGGUUUUAUACUUGAAGCAAGUACACCAUUUUCAUGUGUUUGUUGGUGUUUAUUAAAAUUAAAACUUGAACAUACAAAAGUAUGGAAAAUUAAUCAAUGGAUAUUAAUAUAUGUAUUUCAUUGGCGUACUGUUCACGAAUUUUGCUGGUGGUAUGAUAUUUACAAUGAUUGGUCAAAUAUUAAGGCAAAUCUUCCACUUAUAUAUACAGUAAUGAUGAUGACAGGUCUUGCUCUUGUUAGUUUGUGGUUAACACCUUAUUGGACAUACAAAAAAACAGUUCAAUUCUUUAAUCCAGUUGAUUGGAAUGUAGAACAUGCUGAUGGAAAAAAGAAAAAAGAUGGUAUUGACAAAACAUCAUAG